UAUAUAUAUGAUGCCAAGAAAUUUGUUUAUAAGCUAAAGCUUCCAUCUAUUGACCAAAAACACAUCUCUUCUCUCAGUUUGGCCCAUGGAAGUUGCACAAUCCGACCCAAUCCAGGAUCCGGAAACCCGAUACCUUCCACGUUGCUGCUCGUGUUUCCCCACGUUCCGACCAAGAACCUCCUCCAGACAACACUCUUCCUCUUCCUGGGGAAGAAUCCGGACCGUUGAUGAUAAUCCACCGUGGUGGAAACGUGCGGCUCUCAAGAUCCGAGAAUGGUCCGAGAUCGUAGCUGGUCCACGUUGGAAGACUUUCAUUCGGCGGUUCAACCGCGACCCACGUCGCGGCCGCGAUUGGGACGCGGGGGAAAAGUUUCAGUACGAUCCUUUGAGUUACUCUUUGAAUUUUGACGAUGACGAUGAGGAGGAUGAGUACGUUGGGUUGGGUGGUUUCAGAAGCUUCUCUACUCGGUACGCUUCCGUUCCGGUCACUUCAGGGAAAGCUCCGGCGUUGACGGCGCGUGACGAGAGUUAGUGGGCGCGUGUGAGAGACGCGUUUGCGUUUUCUGGCGGGAGCGAUGAAAAGGCUGUCAAAGUGGGUUGACUUGUCGCGUUAAUUGUGUUGUGGUUAAUUCUGUUUAUAAUAAUUUAAAAUUACGAUCGACGUUGAAUUAUUUAUUUAUCAUCGUCGUCGAAUUAAUUUUUACAAGACGUUUUUAUUUUUGUUUCUUUUUGGGGGAUAUUAUUAUUGAAUUUGAAACGGUUGAUGUCAUGAUGUAAAUUAGCUGUACAGUUUAUGAGGAUAGUAAUGAUUAAGUUUUUUUUUUGUAAUUUAAAAGAUGAAUUGGUUGGCA